AUGUCUGACCUUGAGAAAAUAGAGGCAAGCGUGUCACACCAGCGUGAUGCCCCGAAGAAGGAGUUUGACUCUUGGUCCGCAAUUGCUCUAGGUGCUAUCACCACCAACAGUGCCAUUGGCAUCCUCCUAACUUUUGCGAACACUGUUACCUAUGGCGGGUCUCCACUGCUGUUAUACGGCUACCCAGUUGUCUCAAUUAUCUCUCUUGGGGCUGCAACCAGUCUUGGCGAGUUGACAUCAGCUUAUCCCGAUGCUGGCGUCUGUCUUGUUGGGGCCGAGUUGAUUCUCGAUUUGGUCGAAUUCUUCAAUCCUCAUUUCCAUGUUGAACCGUGGAUGGUUUUCCUUGGAUAUCAAGCUAUCAAUAUCUUCACCUUAAUACCAAGCUUCUACGGAAAGCUCCUUGGCAAGGUCACCAAGGGCCUCAUGGGUUUCACUGCCUUUCUCCUCAUCGGGUUACUUGUCACGUUAUUUGCAGCCGCCAAAAACCGUCGAUCAGCACACGACUUCUUUACCGUCUUUCACAAUGUCUCCGGAUGGUCUGACGGAAUGGCAGUCUUCAUUGGAGCCAACAGUCUUCAGUGGUGCUACUGCUGCCUAGACUCCAUGGUGCACAUUGCUGACGAAAUUCCGAACCCUAGGCGUAACAUUCCGAGAGCUCUCGUGUGGUCUAUUAUUAUCGGAUUUGUCUCGGGCAUGAUUUGCAUGUGUGCCUAUAUGUCCGCCACUGAUGACUACGAUACGGGAUACUCUUCUCUAACCAUUACCUUUCAAGUUCUCGAACAAAAUCAGGGCGCCGCUAUUGUAAUUCAAGUGCUGGUCUUUUUCUCCUGUAUUGGAGCCUUAUGGGGUAUCCACGUUUGGCAGUCUCGCCUUGCAUGGACAAUUGGGUAUAAUCGUGGUUUUCCUUUCGGCAAGUACCUGGAGCAAAUUGCUGGUCCUCCUUAUGGAACCCCCAUUUAUGCCUUGAUUUUCUCUUCAUUCAGCAUUGCACUACUGGGUUGUUUAUACCUUGGAUCGUCAACCGCCUUCAAUUCGAUGGUAUCAGCCUGUUUGCUAUUCCAAUGGCUCAGCUACAGCAUCCCCGUGGUUUUUCUCCACAUUCAUGGUCGUUCAAAAAUUCCCCAUGGCGAGUUUUGGUUUCCCAAGCUCGGUUACGUUGCAAACGCCCUGCUUGUUCUGUGGACAAGUAUCUCUCUGGUGAUCUACUGCUUUCCCUAUACUCUUCCUGUCGAAGCGGGAAACAUGAACUACGUGUCUCCUGUCUUGGGCGGUGUUACUUUCUUGAGUGCCUUGUGCUGGAUUUUGUAUGGACGCAAGCACUUUCGUAUUCCCGAGGUAGACGGCUUCGUGGAAACUAUUGAUGCGGUGACUCCUGGUGUCGAGACUAAGCAGGAAUCCCACUUCAAGAAGUGA